CGGACUUUCAGUUAGCAUCAGCGGCGAUCCGCGAGUACAAGUGCCAUACCUAAUCGAUCCGAGAAAUACAGAAAUCCAUAAAUAUCGCCACAAUGUUCUCCAAGCUAUCAGCACGGGGAAUCGCCACCCGCAUGAGCUUUUUGGCCCAGAAGACAGCUGCCCAGGAGACCACCGCCGCCGGAUCCCGUUCCGAAGUGGUCUACGCCCGGGAGAACAAGUACGGCGCCCACAACUACCACCCCCUGCCCGUGGCCCUGACCAAGGGCGAGGGCGUGUUCGUCUGGGACGUGGAGGGCAAGCGGUACUUCGACUACCUGAGUGCCUACUCGGCGGUCAACCAGGGUCACUGCCAUCCCAAGAUCGUCAAGGCGCUCACCGAGCAGGCCUCCAAGUUGGCCUUGACAUCGCGAGCCUUCUAUUCGGAUGUCCUUGGAGAGUACGAGGAGUACGUGACCAAGCUCUUUGGCUUCGACAAAGUGCUGCCCAUGAACACCGGCGUUGAGGGCGGAGAAACCGCCUGUAAGUUGGCCCGCAAGUGGGGCUACCUGGAGAAGAAGAUACCGGCUAACCAGGCCAAGAUCAUCUUCGCACGCAACAACUUCUGGGGACGAACCCUGUCGGCCGUGUCCGCCUCCAACGAUCCCAGCAGCUACGAGGGAUUUGGACCCUUCAUGCCCGGAUUCGAGCUGAUUGAGUACGACAAUGUGUCCGCUCUCGAGGAGUCCCUCAAGGAUCCGAAUGUGUGCGCCUUCAUGGUGGAGCCCAUUCAGGGAGAGGCUGGCGUGGUGGUGCCCAGUGAUGGCUAUCUGAAGAAGGUGCGAGAGCUCUGCUCCAAGUACAAUGUCCUCUGGAUUGCCGAUGAAGUGCAGACGGGCUUGGCCAGAACUGGAAAGCUGCUGGCCGUGAACUACGAGCAGGUUCAGCCCGACAUUCUGAUCCUGGGAAAAGCCCUGUCCGGAGGAUUGUAUCCCGUGUCGGCGGUUCUCUGCAACGACCAGGUGAUGCUGUGCAUCAAGCCGGGAGAGCACGGAUCCACCUACGGAGGAAACCCCCUGGGCUGCCGCGUGGCCAUGGCCGCUUUGGAGGUCCUGCAAGAGGAGAAGCUGGCGGAGAACGCCUUCAAAAUGGGCGAACUCCUGCGCGGCGAGCUGUCCACGCUGCCCAAGGAUGUGGUUUCGGUGGUGCGCGGCAAGGGUCUGCUCAACGCCAUCGUUAUUAACCAGAAGUUCGAUGCCUGGCAGGUGUGCCUGAAGCUAAAGGAGAAUGGACUCCUGGCCAAGCCCACCCAUGGCGACAUCAUUCGCUUCGCUCCUCCGCUAAUCAUCAAUGAGACUCAAAUGCGCGAGAGCAUCGACAUUAUCAAGAAGACCAUUCUGUCCAUGUAGACUUUGGGGUUUGUGACCACGGCUCAUAUAUAGCGAAUAACGUUUAACAGAAUUUACAUUAAGUUUUGUGGAAAGUCUGAAAUAAAAUACACUUUUAAUAUUUUUUAUACCCGGAAGGCUGUGUUUUGAAAGCACGAAAGCAAUACUUACUUCCACGAUUGCGUGCCAUAGCUGAGCAAUUUAAUAUAUUAAAGUAGGCAAUACAAUG